CGGCCCUUCCGCACCCGGGUCGGCGGUGGCCCUUCCGCCGGGUGACCCUGGCGAGUCCUUCUGGGCGGUGGGAGCGGGGCGAUGGGGCUGCGUGACACCGUGGUUCACGCGGGGGAGCCCGAGGAGGAGGAGGAGGAAGAGCUGGUGGAUCCUCUAACCACGGUCCGGGAGCACUGCGAGAAGACGGAGAAAUGCGUGAAGGCACGGGAGCAGCUGGAGCUGUGUGAUGCACGGGUGUCCUCCCGGUCCCAGACAGAAGAACAGUGCACAGAGGAGCUCUUUGACUUCCUGCAUGCCAGGGACCACUGUGUUGCUCACAAACUCUUUAAGAACCUGAAGUGAAGGCGGGCUUGAUUGUCCAUCUGCUUCUACAGGCGGUGUUGGCAGUUUCUGUGUUCACAGUACUGCUUCCCACCCGUUGAUUCUCCAUGCCAAGUAUAAACGAAACGGCUUCCUGGCAGCGACCAAGCAUCCAUGUGUCACUGCGUUUGUUCUUGUGGAAGAUGUGCAGCUGUGCAAAAAACAUGUUGAUGUUCUGUAAUUUUCCAUAUUAAACAGUUCCCAUGGAAA